GCUGAGGAAGGGACGAUCCAAAAGGCACAAGUCCUUGAGCGCAUGCGCACACCUAAGCGAUGCCAACCUAGCCGCGAUCACUGGGCGGAACGCGAGGGAAGAGUUACUAGAGGCGAGGAAAAGGAUGGAGGCGUGGACACCCCUGGGGGCUAAAGCCACAGUUGUGCGCUACUGGAGCAAGCCCCUCUAGGAGAGAGAACAGCGGAAAAAAGUGAAACUCCACCCUCCACCUCUGCCUCCCGCCCCCGGGGCCAAAGUACAAAGGGAGGAGGAAGAAGGGAACGGGGUUGGAGCCAUCGGGUCGCGAGAGCUGAGCCAGGAAGAGGCAGCUCAACCUAGAGACACUCCAGCCACCCCCCUGCGCAGAGACCCAACGGGAGUCCAGGCACUGCCCCUCGCUGGCCCCACCUUUCACUUGGCGGGUGCUGGAGCUCGGCUCCCAGGACUGCUCUGGACUGAGGGACGCCCGGGCCCCUCUGUGCCGGCCAUGGUGAGACAUCGGAGGCCCUGGGGGUCCACCCCCCCAGCCUGACCACACUGCUUCCCUAGGUCGCCCUCCUCCGGAAGCCCGAGAUGCGGUGGGCCGGGAGGCGACACUCCUGGCUCCCCAGAGAGGCGUGGGUCUGGGGCUGAGGGCCAGGGCUCGGAUGCCCAGGUUCCGGGACUAGGGCCUCGGCCGUCAGCAAGGGUGGGGACCGGGGCACCCAGGGAAGGUCCCCCACACCCGCCAGUGCCAGCUCCCAGCUAUGGAGCCCUUGAAGAACCUCUUCCUCAAGAGCCCCCUGGGGUCAUGGAACAGCAGUGGCAAUGGGGGCAGCGGGGGCAGUGGCAGCGGAGGUUGGCCAGAGGGGUCCCCGAAGGCUGCAGCUUAUGCCAACCCUGUGUGGACAGCCCUGUUUGACUACGAGCCCAAUGGGCAGGACGAGUUGGCCCUGCGGAAGGGCGACCGAGUGGAGGUGCUGUCCCGGGAUGCAGCUAUCUCGGGUGACGAGGGCUGGUGGGCGGGCCAGGUAGGUGGCCAGGUGGGCAUCUUUCCGUCCAACUAUGUGUCUCGGGGCGGUGGUCCCCCCCCCUGCGAGAUGGCCAGCUUCCAGGAGCUGCGGCUGGAGGAGGUGAUUGGCAUCGGUGGCUUCGGCAAGGUCUACCGUGGCAGCUGGCGGGGUGAGCUUGUGGCCGUGAAGGCAGCUCGCCAGGACCCCGAUGAGGACAUCAGCGUGACAGCUGAGAGCGUGCGACAGGAGGCUCGGCUUUUCGCCAUGCUGGCACACCCCAACAUCAUUGCCCUCAAGGCCGUGUGCCUGGAGGAGCCCAACCUGUGCCUGGUGAUGGAGUAUGCUGCCGGUGGGCCCCUGAGCCGUGCCCUGGCUGGGCGGCGCGUGCCCCCCCAUGUGCUCGUCAACUGGGCUGUGCAGAUUGCCCGUGGAAUGCACUACCUGCACUGCGAGGCCCUGGUGCCUGUCAUCCACCGAGACCUCAAGUCCAACAACAUUCUGCUGCUGCAGCCCAUUGAAGGUGACGACAUGGAGCACAAGACCCUGAAGAUCACUGACUUCGGCCUGGCCCGCGAGUGGCACAAAACCACGCAAAUGAGUGCUGCGGGCACCUAUGCCUGGAUGGCUCCUGAGGUUAUCAAGGCCUCCACCUUCUCUAAGGGCAGCGAUGUCUGGAGCUUUGGGGUGCUGCUGUGGGAACUGCUGACUGGGGAGGUGCCCUACCGUGGCAUCGACUGCCUUGCUGUAGCCUAUGGAGUGGCCGUUAACAAGCUCACACUGCCCAUCCCUUCCACCUGCCCCGAGCCCUUCGCACAGCUCAUGGCCGACUGCUGGGCGCAGGACCCCCACCGCAGGCCCGACUUCGCCUCCAUCCUUCAACAGUUGGAGGCGCUGGAGGCUCAGGUGCUGCGGGAAAUGCCGCGAGACUCCUUCCAUUCCAUGCAGGAAGGCUGGAAGCGCGAGAUCCAAGGCCUCUUCGACGAGCUGCGGGCCAAGGAAAAGGAACUACUGAGCCGCGAGGAGGAGCUGACCCGCGCGGCACGUGAGCAGCGGUCACAGGCGGAGCAGCUGCGGCGGCGUGAGCACCUGCUGGCUCAGUGGGAGCUGGAAGUGUUCGAGCGCGAGUUAACGCUGCUGUUGCAGCAGGUUGACCGCGAGCGGCCGCACGUCCGCCGCCGCCGCGGUACCUUCAAGCGCAGCAAACUCCGCGCGCGCGACGGCGGCGAGCGUAUCAGCAUGCCGCUGGACUUCAAACACCGCAUCACCGUGCAGGCCUCCCCCGGCCUGGACAGGAGGAGAAACGUCUUCGAGGUUGGGGCCGGCGACUCGCCCACCUUCCCCAGGUUCCGGGCCAUCCAAUUGGAGCCUGCAGAACAAGGCCAGGCAUGGGGCCGACAGUCCCCACGGCGUCUGGAGGACUCGAGCAAUGGAGAGCGGCGAGCAUACUGGGCCUGGGGUCCCAGUUCCCCCAAGCCUGGAGAAGCCCAGAACGGGAGGAGAAGGUCCCGCAUGGACGAAGCCACGUGGUACCUGGAUUCAGAUGACUCAUCCCCCUUAGGAUCUCCUUCCACACCCCCGGUGCUCAAUGGUAACCCCCCGCGGCCGAGCCCGGAGCCCGAGGAGCCUCGGCGGCCCAGCCCGGCGGAGCGCGGCAGCGGCUCCGGGACGCCCAAGCUGAUCCAGCGCGCGCUACUGCGCGGCACCGCCCUGCUCGCCUCGCUGGGCCUGGGCCGCGACCUGCAGCCGCCCGGGGGACCGGGCCGCGAGCGCGGGGAGCCCUCGCCAACGCCCCGCGCGCCACCCACGCCGUCCGCCGCCGAGCCGCCCCCCUCCCCGCUCAUCCGCUUCUCCCCCAAGACGCCCGACGCCCCUGCCUCCCCGCUGAGCCCAGACGCCCCCGGCCCGCCCGCCCCUGCGCCCCUGCUGCUGGAGCUGGGAGUCCCCGCCGGCCAGCGGUCAGCCAAGAGCCCCCGGCGCGAGGAGGGCAGGCGCGGAAGCGCUGUCUCACCUCCGCCAGGGAUAUCACGCUCCGCCCCUGGCACCCCGGGUACCCCACGCUCACCGCCUCUGGGCCUCAUCAGCCGACCUCGGCCCUCACCCCUUCGCAGCCGCAUCGACCCGUGGAGCUUCGUAUCAGCCGGGCCACGGCCUUCACCCCUGCCCUCGCCACAGCCUGCGCCCCGCCGGGCACCCUGGACCUUAUUCCCAGACUCAGACCCCUUCUGGGACUCUCCAUCUGCCAACCCCUUCCAGGGGGGCCCUCAGGACUGCAGGGCACAGACCAAAGACCCAGGUGCCCAGGCCCCAUGGGCACCGGAGGCAGGGCCCUGAGUGGGCCGGGCUGCUCCCCACGCUCCAGCUGCCUCUGAGGAGCCUCAGCAUAUACACUGGAAUAGGAGCCGGGCAGGCCUCUCUAGCUGCCCUGGUUUCGCCCAGGGACCCCGCCCCCUCGGGGGGUCAGGAACACUACACUGCACAGGAAGCCUUCACACUGGAGGGGGGCUGCACCCCCACACCUGCAACCUGUGGGUCCCCCAACUUACCCGCCCCACUGGGGCCCCACACUGUACCCAGCUGGUUAGGAGGACCAGAGCCUGUCUCAGGGAAUUGCCCCCCCUGGAGGUGCAAGGAGGAGGGGAGAUGCAGGGGAGAGGGGCCGGCCUUAGCUGUCACCAGCACUUUUGACCAAGUCCUGCUACUGUGGCCCCUGCCCCGGGACUUAGUGCCUGGACCCCCCACCCUGGGGGUCAUCUGGGGCUGGGGCUCUCUGAGUGCCUUCCUGCUGCCCUGGCCAUGGUUGGGGCCAUGGCCUCGGGAUCCGAUGAAGCCAAAUAAACUCCCCAAGCACA